GGCUUGAUAUCCGUGUGGACGCUGGUUGUGAUCUGACAGAGGUGCGGCAGAAUCGACUAAUUUCGUCGAGGGUCAAGACAACGAAUCUAGAAGGAUAAAAGCCCGGAGUGGUGGAAUCUGUUGACCCUGUAAUUAUAACAAGACCACAAGUUACACACAUUGACGUUUAGGGUCUGGUCAAAUGGAGGACUCAGAAACUGAUUUGACUUCGUCUGAACCGGACGCACUUGGUGCAGACUUCAUCACAGUGGAACUGGACACCCAGCCCAUAGAAUAUGUUGUCAAGUGGGCAGAGGUCGGGUCCAAGUUCACAAUAUCCUGUGUGAAAAAGGAGGCGGACGAGGGAUCUGGCCUGAAUCUUGACCAGGUGAAGGCAGAGCCAGAUGAGCCCUUUUUUGCCCAGUAUGAGGAGGAGUUCCCUGGCUGUGACAUUGCAGAACAGAGUGUCAUAGUAAACGACUCUGAUGAGGAUGACCACACUGAGCCAGGGAGUAGCCAUCUGGUCCCUGUUGGAGAUGGCUCUGAUUCAGGCUCGGAGAAAGGGGAAUAUAGCUCACCAGGGGGAAACUACAGCUGCAACUACUGUGGGAAGUGCUACAGUCAUUCCUCAAGCCUCUCAAGACACCAGCAAUUGCACACAGGAAAGGCACCCCUACCCCCAAACAAGCAAAUGGAUACAGGGUCAGGUGAGGGGAACAAAUAUAAAUGCACGCAGUGUGCAAUGCGAUUCAAAAGCAGAAGAGCUCUCGGCACUCAUAUGAGAACACAUCGGGGCAUGAGAGUUUACCCAUGCAACAUCUGUGGGAAGGAUUUUAACCACAGCUCCAGCUUGUCGCGUCAUAGGCUCAUCCACAAAAAAGGGAAGGGUAUUCCCUCUGGUGUUCGACCUGCAGAAAUCAGUUAUGUCCGCCGCCCGCCUGGCAGCAGGAAAAAUAAAAAGCAGGCUGGCGAGAAGAAGAUCCCUGGCGAGAAGAAGUUCCCGAUCGAGAAGAAUCUCCCUGGAGAGAAGUUCUACGCGUGUACACAAUGUGACAUGACCUUCAAGAACUCCAUUGGCCUCUCGAAACACCAAGUCUCUCAUGUCAAGGAUCUUCUGAAUAACUAUGCCCAGGGUAAAGACAGUCUCACCAAGUCCUCAGACUUGAAAAUACGCCUCAAGUUGUGCUCGAGGGACAAACCCAACUUCUACACCCUCUGCAAGAAGAACAAGCGGUCAAGAGCUGCCAAGCGCCAGCGGCAGCGCCAAACAUCAGUCUCUGAGGAAGAGGAAGGACAAUAUGCAUGCGAGCAGUGUGACAAGCACUUCAGCCAGGCGCAGAGCCUCGCCAGGCACCAGCAAAUGCACAAGGGAGACAAGUUCAGCUGCUCUUACUGUAAAAAGACCUUCGCCAGGUUGUCCAACCUCCACCACCAUGAGAGAUCUCACUCCACAGGGGGCAAGUACGAAUGCACCACCUGCAACAAGACAUUUGUGCACUCGUCUAGCUACUCCAGGCACAAGCGGCAGCACGCCGAGGAGGCCCACCAGCGCCAGUGGAAGGGCAUAGAUGAGAUGGCACCACUUGAUUCAGACUCUGAGUGAGAGCAGUAGUGGUCUGCUCUCAACUACCCACACACAGCUUACUACUCUGGCUUUCAGGGGUUGGGAGGUUUUUGGGGAUCUUGUUUCGGACUUGAAUUGGCAUUACUCUUGAGUAUAUAACGUGUGUGUGAUGAUGACUUGUGGUAUGGUAUCAGAAAAUUGCAUAUUUUUUUUCCUAGAUUACACUGACUGUUGUCCUCUGCUGCCCAUGCAAAUAAAUAUUUAGAUUUAUUUAGUUCACAUUCCCUUUUGGUCAGGGUUAGCUGCAGGGUUAGGGUGAAAGUGUUGCUAGAGUCUUGCCAGAUGUGAAGUAUACCGUACCAUCUGUGUAGUAUAUCAGCCGUGUUAGGAUGCCACCCUUGCUACACAUCAUCAAAAUAAAACUGCUAUAAAAUGUUUCUGCUGUUGAGCAAACCCAUUUCCUCUUUUUCUGUAUAUAAUCAAUUUUUUAUUUCCGUGACAUGACAAAGGUCAAAAUGAACCUUGCCAUCAAACUAAAUCAGGAUUUGACCUCUAAGGGAUUAAUGUGAUGUCUGCAUGCCACCACACACAGUCCCUGGUUCAAUCAAGCUUCUAUGGUUUAUCUUCAAGAUUUACUCUAUCUGUUCAGUUCACGCAAGUAAUCUAUGACUCUCAAACCAACCAUCAAUAAAAUCAAAACAGUGAAGUACUUUAUGAGAAACUUAAGAAGGUUGAUUGAAUCCAGGCAUUUCCAAUAAAUGUGCUAAGAUGAAUCCUUCAAUCAGAAAGCUGGCACAUGUUACUUUCCCAUCCCCUACUUAACAUCACUUGUUUAUGAUCUCAAUGACAACACACAGUGGUGAAAUGAAAAAACAAAACAAAAGACAUCUUUUUCUAUAUAUUUGGGAUAAUUACUUUGUUGCAUCUUUUUUUUGAGAACUGCUAGCAUCGAGUGAUCAACCAAGUUUUUAUGUAGUAUGAAUGCUUAGACCGUUUAGUUCUACUACACAGAGUUCGGAUGAACAUUCAGAUUGUUGAUUUAAGUUUUUUAAUGUCGAAAUAUGAAGUCCAAUCAUAUCCUUAGAACUUGAAAAUACUAUAUGUGGUAUUUGUCAACAUAUACUGACUGCAAUUACCACAAAGUAUAAAAUUGACUCCAUAUAUAUGUAUGCAUGAUGAAUAUAUCUUGAGAAUAGUUACAAUAUAUGUCGUUUUUACAUCUGCUGUGCGUGUGUGUAAAACAUUGCAUUUGUGAAAGUGAGAAUAAUUGAGAUAUUUAAUAUGUGCAGUGUAUUUUGACAAAUACCUUCAAAUAUUCCUGAGGUUAGGGAUUUCAUAUUUUGUACAAGUAUUUGUCUAUUGAGGUUGUAGGGGAAACUGCACUACUUAUUUAUGAAUUGGGAACAAAGGUGCAAUUUAAAUGGCAGUGAAUGUGAUUCACAAUGGCUAUAGUUGAAAACAUCUUUUCGGUGGCAAAGCCUUCCCCAUUUGCCCCCAAGUUCCACCUUUUCAGAUGUAACCUCUCACAAAAUCCAUGACUAUUCACAGAAAUAUUAUCAAGUGCUGCCAACUACUUACUGUAUAUCAUCAAAGCUUUCAAAUAAUGCUUGUAUACAUGCAUAGCCAGAUGGAUUUUAUUUUCCAGUUAAACUGUUCAGUUAUCUGUUGAAAGUGCUCAACUUAUCUCCUUGUUUGAUGUUUAUAUUUGCUUUAAACACAACCAGGGUACUCUGAACAAUUAUCGACAUUUGACCUUGUGAAUACCAUUUUUGCUGUUUAAAUUGGAAUUGAAUUGUCACAUCUAACCUCUGUUUCUUUUUCUUAUUUCUUGAAAGUGUGUAGAGGCAUGUAUCUAGCACAGACCCAGUCUAUUGCACCCACACUGAUAAUUGAAGAGAAAAAAAAUGAUGAAAAAAGCUUGGUACCUUCCUUGUAUUUAUGUAAGUUAAUGUUGGUUUGAAGAGCUAAAUUCCCCUGGUUCCCCUCAAAACAGACCUUCAUUGAGUUCAGUUUUAUUUGGUUUGGUUUUCAGUUGUGGUUCUGGCCUUUUUUCUCCAGUGGCAAACAAUAUUCUCCUCUCUUUUGUUUUUCAGCAAUCUCUGCCUUUUUAGAUUCUGAAACUCAUAUCGUUUUCUUUUUUCGCUGUCAUUCUUUCUUUUUUUGAUGCAGCGGACCUACAUCCUAUAGAGAGGUGUAUGUUUUUUGUAUUGUGUUUGCCAUUAGAAUACAGUUGACUUGUUUUUGUCUUGCGUUUUUGUAAUAAACCAUUCAUGAAAGAAAUGGUCCAUGAUGUCCUGAAUAUAUUUAAAAAUGAGUAGGCCUAUAGUUGAUUACGGAAUAUUGGAACAACUAAAUCAGUUAAGUUGAUAACUCGAUUGUGCGUUACCACUAUUCAGUGGUUCUUGACUAAUGAGUAGAAUUUCUUUUUGUGUGGUUUAUGUUCAAUGAGUUAAAUUGUUCAGCUACUGUUGAUAAUUCACCUGUGAUUUGAUGUCCCCCAACUAGAUGGCAGCAAAACACUUUUUUUUUUUUAAAGAAGUCAGUCAGCUUGACCCAUUACAGAAACAGAAGAUGUUUUUCUUCCUUUUAC